GAACCAGCGCCAAAAAGAACGCCGAUCAGUGGCUCAGGAACCAUGGCCUUUUAAUAGUGGCCCCAUCGAGCGCAUGGAAUCGCAGCUUGCUGGAAGUCACAGUCCCAGCCAGGCCGUAGCAAGGUAUUCUGGGCCCAUUGCUAUUAAAAAAUAUAUUUGACAUUUCUGGACCUGUGGGGCCCUAGAAUCAUUGCCACCUUUCACUCCACUAGCUACGGCCCUGGUCCCCGCAUAUCUGGCGUUGUUGUUUUUGCUGCUGUGGGAAAAUCCGCUUGUCGCAAGCCUACACUCUACACUGGCUGUUGAGCUGCUGGAAGAUUUUAAGCAUCCAUGGCUCUGGUUACACUGCAGCGCUCUCCCACUUCCAGCGCGGCGUCCACAUCCAGCACCGCCGCCAACACGAAUGCGGGGGAGGAUUUCGGAAGUGAUGAUGGGCACCGGCUAAAUCAGAGUCUAAGUGAGAGUUUCUUCAUGGUGAAAGGGGCCGCUCUCUUUUUGCAGCAGGGCAUUUGUCCACAGGGUCAGAGAGGUCAUCCACACCACAAACAUGCAGGUGACUUGCCUCAGCAUCUACAGGUGAUGAUCAACAUUCUUCGCUCCGAGGAUCGCAUCAAACUGGCAGUGCGUUUAGAGAGUGCAUGGUCGGACCGAGUGCAGUACAUGGUGGUGGUCUACACAAAUGGCCGACAAGACACAGAGGAGAACAUCCUGCUGGGCAUGGACUUCAGCAACAAAGACAGUAAGAACUGCUCUAUUGGGAUGGUGCUGCCUCUGUGGAGUGACACCAAAAUUCAUUUAGAUGGGGAUGGGGGCUUCAGUAUGACUACCGCAGGGCGCACGCACAUCUUCAAGCCUGUGUCGGUCCAGGCUAUGUGGUCAGCUUUACAGAUCCUGCACAAGGCAUGCGAGGUGUCACGUAGGUAUAACUAUUUUCCCGGUGGCAUGGCGCUCAUGUGGAUGGGAUACUACGAGAGCUGUAUCAGCUCAGAACAGAGCUGCAUCAAUGAAUGGAAUGCCAUGCAAGACCUGGAGACACUGCGGCCGGACUCCCCAGUCAUCUUUGUAGACAAGCCAACAGAGAGGGAGAGAACAGAAUGCCUAAUUAAAGCCAAACUCCGGAGUAUCAUGAUGUACCAGGACUUGGAAAACAUCACGUCCAAAGAGAUCCGAAAUGAGCUGGAGCAACAGAUGAACUGCAACCUGAAAGAGUACAAAGAGUUCAUAGACAACGAGAUGCUGCUUAUUCUUGGGCAGAUGGACAAAGCCUCCCUCAUCUUUGAUCAUCUUUAUUUGGGUUCUGAAUGGAACGCUUCCAGUCUAGAAGAACUUCAGGAAACUGGGGUGGGCUACAUCUUAAAUGUUACAAGGGAAAUAGACAACUUCUUUCCAGGAACAUUCUGCUACCACAACGUCAGAGUGUAUGACGACGAGACCACAGACUUACUGGCCCACUGGAAUGAUACCUACAACUUUAUCAUUAAGGCAAAGAAGAAUCAGUCCAAAUGCUUGGUUCACUGCAAAAUGGGUGUAAGCCGCUCUGCCUCUACAGUAAUAGCCUAUGCUAUGAAAGAGUAUGGUUGGUCUCUGGAGAAAGCUUAUAACUUUGUCAAACAGAAGCGCAGUAUCACGCGACCCAAUGCCAGCUUCAUGAGGCAGCUGGCAGAGUACGAGGGUAUACUGGAUGCCAGUAAACAGCGCCAUAACCGCCUAUGGCAUCCUGAUUCAGAGUGUGAUCACCUUGACUGCCUGCAAUCUGCUGCCGGUUGUUGUGUAAAUGUAGAGCUUGUUGGUCACAUCACACCCAACCCUACAAAACCUACUAUCACAGUAUGCUGUGAGCCUGCUGCACACUCCUCUCCUAUUAGCCUAGACCCUGCCCACCUGCAAAACUCCCACUGCUACUUCCGCCGCCUUUCUGACUCCACCCUCGACAGCGAGCCAUACACUCCAAUUCAUGCUCCACCUUCAGUUGAUGUAGAUCGUGUUUACAUAGAGGUUGCAGAUGUGGAGAAAGAUGCACUUCAUGAUGAUGAAACUUUCGAGGGGCGCGAAGGGUUUCCUCAACCUUACUUUGGUGUUCCCAUAGAGGGCACAGCUGCCCAGACCUGUUCUCGAGGGGCAGAGCCUCUGGAAGAACUACGUCUGCGGUUGGAGUUCAGCACGGUUGAGGAGGAGGAUGAAGAGGAGGCUCAGCAAGAGCAAGAGGAGAUGGAGGCAUUAGCAGAGGGACCAAAGAGAGGAGAUGGGGAUGGGGGAGGAAGAAAAGAAAAGGAGGCAAAUAAAAAGGGGAUUGACCUAGCGAGCAUGAACCAUCUGCGCAAUGAAAAUUACAACAACAACAACAACAACAACAACCACCUCAGAACACAAAAAAUUCUCACUGAAAGUGCCCAUCUGAAGCAGUAUACUAAGCCUAGGAAUGCUCCUGGCUCACAAUUCAAUUCCAAGCCCACCCAGCGUGCUCUGUUAGAGGCUAACAGACGAGGCCUUGCUCCCUUACCCCUUCACAGUGUGCCCAGUGUCUCCAUUCAAAUGCCAUCCUGUGCCAAAUUGUCCAUGACACCAAAGUGUGACAAGCCUGUCUCUGAUCUGUGCCUUGAUGCCAAUGCAAUGCCCUUGGGGCAUAAGGAAAAGCCAGAAUGCAAAUUCCUUGACAUUCCCCACCAAGACAAUGGGACACCAUUCCAGGAGGUCAAGGGGGAUGGAGAUAUUGAUAUUGCUCAAGGUUCCUCUACUCAACCCAGAAAUGAGCGUGAGAUCAAGGGUCUGGAGAAAGUAGAGGCCUAUUACUCCCCACAACAACAAGAGACUCUAAUCCAGUUGCAGAGGUCCGGCCUUGUUCGGCGACAAACAGAGCGCUUGGAAAAACGUUCUGGUCCUAUUCAUGAGCAUGCACGUGCAAACGAACAAGGGGAAGCUAGUUCAAGCAAAGUUAAUGAUGCAACAAACAAUUCCAAUGUUCCAACUGACCCAUUCCAAAAGCCUUUUGGAACAUGGACAGAUUCCUCUACUGAAGCUGCAGUGCCAUUGACGAACGAGGCCUUGCUGGCAGCUCUAGGAUCAGGUGGUUUGACGCCAGUCUCGUCCCCACAUGGUUCCACGCUCACCCGCAGCUCCAGUAGUGACAGCCUUCGCAGCGUCCGUGGUAAACCAGGCCUUGUACAUCAACGUGCACAGGAAAUCGAAGCCCGUAUGCGACUAGCAGGACUCACCGUACGUUCUCGACUCAAGCGUUCCAACUCUCUUGCCAAACUGGGCAGCCUUACUUUCUCCUCUGAGGAUUUGUGUUCGGUGUGCUCUUCCAAUGAAGGAACCCUUCUCAUGCUCUCAUUAUCCCCUGAACCUGAGUGCUCAGUCAGUUCAAAUUGGGCAAGACCUUGGUCCUCACCCUCCUCCUCAACCUCCACCAACAUGGAAGCAGGGUCUGGAGAAUCCAGGAGCUGACAGCAAGAGUGGAAGAUUUUAGUGCAACGAGACCUUUGACUUAAGUCUCAGCUGGAUUUGUGCAGAUAAAUAUUUAUAUUUUUAUAUUUUUAAAAGCAUUUUAGUACCUUGGGAACAUUUACCAAGCAAUGUUCUUACAGUGGGACAGAUCAAACCGACUGUACAAGUUGGGUAAAGAGUGUGCCACACAAAAGAAUGGUUGGAGAAAUAGCUUUGAGUUGCUUGUUUUUUUUUUUUGCUUUUUAAUUUUUUUUUCUGAUAUUUAAUGGAUAGGUGUCCAAAAUUUUCAGGACAGGCUUUUGUUGCAUUAAAUCCAAAUAGAUGUGUUUUGCACAUGUCAAUCCCAUGUUCAUGUUGGCUGACUGACAAACUGUUCAUGAGGUUUUCAGCUCUUCCUGCUGUUUUGAAAUCAAAAUAAGCACUCACCAUCCAAGAGACCAUUAAUGAAAGGGUCAAAAUGGACCAUUGUGUAAUGUUUCCAUCAGUCCUCCCAUUUAUUGUACUAUAAAUCCCUUAUUUGUGGACAAGUAUGAGUCACAGAUUCCUUCGGACAUGGUCACAAAUUUGAAAAGGGUUUAAAAUCCUACUCCCUGCCUAGCUCUUGCUUCCUGGCUGUAUGGUGAAAGGAAAUGGACUCUCAGCCAUGAUUAGGAAAGUUCUCUGUGUGCUGAUAGACGUACUGAAUGUGCACAAGGACCCUCUGUUCAUCCAUACUGUUCUCUGGUAUCAUUUAAAUUACAUUGAUUAUUUUCACACAGGUUUCAAACCAAUACCUCAUACCAAUACAGUAAUGUUUGUAGGCCAGGGUUGUUGCUUAAAGACAGCAUAUUUAUGGGUGGGCCCCUGGGCCAUAGAGGAGUUUAGUGAGCCCCCCUUGUCACAUGGUCUGGGACAACAUUGUACCCCCCAUGAUGAAAGCCCUAAGCCAGGCAGAUAACAAAACAUGAUGACUGGCAACAUUUUAGUGUUCACACACAGUGCAGUGUGUGCUGAGGGUCAUUCAAACUCUGCUAUUGGGAAAUCUGGGGAUUGGACCACCAAGAGGUUUGUUUUAGAUUCUUCCAUACUUCUAAUACUUGAUAAGGGUGAUAUGAAAGACAAUCAUUCAAAAUAAGGAAAGACGAGCACCUCACACACUCAAUCUGUGAUCAACUUGAACCGGCUGUUCUCUUUUCCAAUGCUAAUAGAUGCUGUUGUUCUAAAGAGUGUGACUGUAUAUGUUGCUGUCAUUUAGGCCUGUUGGAUUACAGUUAGAAAAAAAGAGCAGUAGGGUUUUGUCUCUAAUAGCACAUUUGUAUGCUUGUAAGGAUUUUAUAAAAAUGGGAUCUCCAUUUAAGUUUCUUUAGCAGAAGAGCAGCUCCAUGUUUCUAAAUGUGAUACAAAUCAUUUUUCCAGGUAGAGAGACUUUUAUAUAAACUCAGCAAAAAAAGAAACGUCUCUUUUUCAGGACACUGUAUUUUGAAGAUAAUUUUGUUAAAAUUCAAAUAACUUUACAGAUAUUUAUUGCAAUGACAAUGUUUUCCAUGCUUGUUCAAAGAACUAUAAACAAGUUUUGAACAUGUACCUGUGGAACGGUCGUUAAAACACUUAACAGCUUAUAGACGGUAGGCAAUUAAGGUCACAGUUACAAAAACUGAGGACACUAAAGAGACCUUUCCUCUAAGUCUGGAAAACACCAAAAGAAAGAUGCCCUGGGGUCCUGCUCAUCUGCAUGAACAUGCCUUAUGCAUGCUACAUGGAGGCAUGAGGACUGCAGAUGUGGCCAGGGCAAGAAAUUGCAAUGUCCGUACUGAGAUGCCUAAGACAGCGAUACAGGGAGGCUGAUCGUUCUUGCACUGGCAGACCACGUGUAACAAAACCUGCACAGGAUCGUACAUCCGAAUAUCACACCUGCAGGACAGUUACAGGAUGGCAACAACAACUGCCCAAGUUACACCAGGAUUACACAAUCCCUCCGUUAGUGCUCAGACUGUACGCAAUAGGCUGAGAGAGGCUGGACUGAGGGCUUGUAGGCCUGUUGUAAGGCAGGUCCUUACCAGACAUCACUGGCCACAACAUCGCUAAUGGGCACAAACCCACCUUUGCUGGACUAGACAGGACUGGCAAAAAAUGCUCUUCACUGAUGAGUCAUGGUUUUGUCUAACCAGGGGUUAUGGUCGGACUCACGUUUAUCGUCGAAGGAAUGAGCAUUACACCGAGGCCUGUACUCUGGAGCGGUAUCGAUUUGGAGGUGAUUUUGGUGGUCCGUCAUGAUCAUCGGACUGGGCUUGUUGUCAUUGCAGGCUCAAUGCUGUGCGUUACAGGGAAGGGCCAUUCCCCCAGAAAUGUCUGGGAACUUGCAAGUGCCUUGGUGGAAGACUGGGGUAACAUCUCACGGCAAGAACUGGCACAUCUGGUGCAGUCCAUGAGGAGGAGAAUGCACUGCAGUACUUAAUGCAGCUGGUGGCCACACCAGACUCUGACUGUAUCUUUUGAUUUUGACCCACCCUUUGUUCAGGGACACAUUAUACCAUUUCUGUUGGUCACAUGUCUGUGAAACUUUUUCAGUUUAUGUCUUAGUUGUUGAAUCUUUGUUCAUAGAAAAAAAAUUUAUGUUCAUGCUGAAAAUUGAGAAUUGAAAAGUGAGAUGUUUAUUUUUUUUUGCUGAGUUUAUUUGAAUUAUUUUCCCUGAGUAGUGACAAAUUCUGUGAAAUGAUCUGAGCGAGGCUGCUAAUAUGUACUCUAUGUAUGUCUAUUUUCCAUAAUGAAAACGAGGUCAAGUUGAACCAAAUCUUUACAGAGAAUUGAAGCUCACACUAAUGCUAAACCAAGAUGAGACAUUAUGGGACUUAUAAGGCAAACACAGUGUGACAUGACAUUUAUAGCAAUUGAAAUUGUUUAGCUGUGAGGGUGUCUCUAUGGGUAAAUCUCCAGAUCACAUUUAAACCCCAUAUCACAAGAAUAGAGAACAUAUAUUGCAUGUAGAAAACUACUUCUCAGUUGACUUUCUAAUUAUUAGAAUACAGUAUUUUCACUGUAUUACAGUCAAUAAAACCUGGUCAAAUUAUUUUUAUUUAAAUCUGCAUACAUUUAAAGGCAGUACAACAAAUACUUCUGUAAUUGUAAAUACUUUGCUGUUAAUUUUUAUAUAUUUUUUUGCUUUACAGUAAUGCGAAUACAUUUCUUUGUAUUAUGGUAAUGAGAAUUUGGGGGGAAAUGUGCUUGAUUGUCAUGAAAAUCAUGUCACAAUGCAAAAAAAAAAUCUUGACCCGGAUAUAAUCUUGACAGGUAACAUGAGAUUCACUCCUAUGUCCAUUUGUGUAUGAGGAUGCUUUCCAUACCAUUUGAUAUCAUCACAAGAGCUCAAAUAACAAAAACACGUUAACGUGUCACAUUUAUUUUCAUGUUCUGUGUCAAGAUUUUAAUUAAUUCAACAGGCCAAUUACAACUUGCGUUGAAAUACUUGGUUUAUUAUUAUGCAGCAUAUUUUUCCAAUAUCUUUAAAACUGUUUAUUUACAUUUAUCAAGUCUAUGCUGUCAUGUUAAGUUUUGGCAAAUUAAAUGUCAAGUUGAGUGUGUGUGUGUGAGUGAGUGAGUGGUGCCUUGCAUAUCGCUACACCGUUACUGUGAACUAUUUAUGAAUAUUAAAACCCUUUUAGCGUGCGUGUGUGCUUUAAUGCUUAAGUCAUGAGCAGGCUCAUACUGUGUUAUUCAAGCAGUCUCCUCUACACACACACACUCUGCAUUACAAUGUAUGUAAAUACUAUUCGUAUGUUGGUCAUAUAACAUUUUUCUGGGAGUUCAUGGUAUUUGUAUCUAAUAGUCAACUUGAAUCAGUUUCUUUGUCAUGUACAUGGUUGUUGCGAGUUUGCAUGGAUGAUUUUGGAUUGAAUGGGUAUCAUUCAACACCAUUAAUUUAAUUUAAUCUUCCUUCUAGGGCCUGAAUAUUAAACUGACAGGAGAAAACUAAGCUAUUAAACAGAACUCUGUCACAACAGCAUCCAUUUUGGAAGGCGACACACAGUUUGAGGUUGUAAACUGUGCCCCGAACAACGAUCUCCCCAAAUUCUUUUGUGUCUCCCCAAAGCCAUUUAGUGUCUGAUGCCAUAUUGUGGUCAAAUUUGAGUCUGAGAUUACAGAUUAAAUGUUACUGGUUGCCUGCAUUGUCUUGUAUCAUCAACAUCAAAUGCCUUGUGUAAAAGCAAUAGAGACAUCAUGAGCUAACUCCCAUCUAACAAUGUUGCCAGUUCAGCAGCAUGAGAGAAUGAUGGGAUAUGGGCACAUUUUAAAAGUGGCUGACAUUUGCUUGGCAAUUGCUUGUACAUUUUAUUGGUGUCUUUGAGGAAAUAGAAAUAGGCCAUUAAUAGUUAGGAAAUUUCCCUUGGCUUUGUGCAACAAGAGCAAACGAAUGGAAACUGAUUAAAGAUAGUUGCCAAGUUUUUGGGGUUCCUUUCCAGAGGUGUGAGGAAGGAUUUUAUGUUAUUCAAGUGUGAAGAGAUGACCAAAGUUCUGCAUUAAUAAUCAAUAUUAAAUGCCACAGUAUUGAUGCUCUUUAAGAACCGCCAUAGAUUCUCGUUUGGGAGAGAUGGUGACAAUAGCUAGGAUAGAUUUUCAUAGAGUUACACAGGUUGGUCCUAACUCAUCCAUUUAUAGACUUUCCUCUUGUUGGAUGUCGAGCCUCUUUUUGUGAAUUAGCAAUGCUGUUUAAUUGCAGUGAUCACAAAUUAGGAAUGCUCUGUCGCCCUUGUUAUCGCUUUAAAAAUGCAGCAAUAUUGUCCUUUUUACUGCAGAUUUGCUGUAGUUUUAAUGCAUAUUGCACUUUGUACAUUUUGUUGAAAUGAUGUACUGUAUGUGUUUCUUAUGGGAAUACAUUUUUCAUUAAAUGUUUUUCUCUUUUUGUCAAUUACUUCACAGGCAAAAUAUUUAAUUCUAGAUAGUUUAUUUUUUAUGCUGGUCUGGACCAAUAAUUUCUAAACCAGUUUUAAGCAACAAUUAGGUGCAAAUGUGUCUACUUGAACUACUUGCCAUUUGGUCUCUGCAGAGGUUAACUGCUCUAGUAUUAUGAAAUCAUAGAUCAGCAUCUGUGCUCUUUCAGACUGCUGGCAUGCUUCCAUAGAUAGAACAACCAGAUUAUGCAACUACAAACUACUCCUCCCUGCGUGCAUGACAUCAGAGAUUUUACUGCAGGCUUUGAGGCUGUAGGGAGGACAGGGUUGAUUAAUGAGCACCAAACCUUUGCAGAAUGUGUGCGAUGGAUCAGUCAUUGCCUAUAACCUUCUCAUUAAUAUACAGGCUUGAGCAGCUGCCCCUUUAUAAGACCUCUCAUUUGAA